AUGAAACCCAGUCGACCUCGCGUUUUAAAUUCUUCAAGAAAUUAUAUCACGAUAGGUUGGGAUUCCUGUGAUUCACUCAUAUUAAAACCUAUUCAAGGUAUAAAUGAAGAAAGCGAAUUGAUAAGUGAUAACCGUAGAUGGUAUUUGCUGGAAAGAAAAGAUAAAAUUCUCGGAUGGAUGAACGAAUACGCGGGAUUCAAAACUCAGGUGAACGUGGGACCGUUACCCCCUGGAGAAUAUUACGAAUUUCGUUUAAAAGUCAAAACAACAUCAGAUGAAAGCGAAUGGAACGAUGUCGUGUCGGUUGCACAAUUUCACAGGGUCGUGGAAAACGGUCCGGUUAUCAAUUUGAGAAAAAUACUCGGUCAGAGAGUAUCGGUAGUAGACGUACCCAAUAAAUACGGAUUUUCAUCGCUUAGAUUGGCCACGAAUAAAAACAAUACAAAUUUUAUGGGGAUUUUAAUUAAUCACGGAGCGGAUGUUGGCAAUACUGAAAAAGGAUCUGAAAGAACUCCUUUGAUGGCUGCUUGCGGUUUGGGACAUAUCGAAGCCGUACAACUUCUCGUCGAGAAAGGUUCGUCGUGGAACGUUAGAGAUAGAAACGGAUUAACAGCGUUAAAUUAUGCCGUGGACAAUUCACAUUUGGAUAUAGUUAAAUACGGUAUUGAUAACGGAGCUGAUAAAACAACAAAAGAUAAUUCCGGAUGGAAUAUUUUAAUGAGAGGAAUCGUGCUUAACUCAUCGAAAGACGUCAUCGAAUUUCUUUUAAAUUCGGGAUUCGAUCCGAACGAAUCUGACGAAAAGGGACAAACAAUACUCAUGCAAGCAGUACUUUCUGGUAGACCGGAAAUAGUACAAAUACUCGUCGAUAGAAAAGUCAAUUUAAACGUUAAAAACGCGCAGGGAAAUUCCGCGUAUAAAAUGGCGAAAAAUUCAUCGAAUCCGAUGAAAAUGACGAAAUGA